GUUUAAGGCGGCUACUUCUUCUUCUUCUUCUCUAUGAGUUCAUUUUUUUUACAAAACCAUUUCAUUUCAUCUCCAAAUCAUUUCUUUAUGCCAUCAUUCAUUUUCCAUAAACAAUUUUUACUUAUUAAUUGAUGUUCAAUACCAAAGCCCCUAUCUCUGCCCACAAACUUCAUCUCUUGGGUCCUUGUGAUAACAAUAAAACCCUGCUUCUUUAUCGAAACCCUGAAAAUAUUUCCUCAGUUAUGUGGAGAAACGUUGCUAGGCAAGCAAUUUUGAGAUCUUCUUCCCUUGAUUGUAAAAAACCCUUUUCACGUGCUUACAGCUUUCUGGGGUUUUCUCAAGACUCGAUUUUUCGUGGACAGUGCAAAUUUGGAUGUUUGGAGCUGGGUUCUGGCGGAAAUCAUGAACUGGGUUCUCGUCCGGUUGGUGAGAUUUUUAGUCAUGAGGAUUAUUUGGGGAGGCCAUGUUUUGGAGUUUUGAAGAAUGGUAAUUGGGGUAAUGGCUUGUGUUUGAGAGGGUAUGCCAGUGUAGCUGAGGCUGUUUCUUCAACUGACGUUGAAGAAGAUGUGUCAGUUGUUGACGAAGUUCGGGAGUUGUUGCAAGAAAUGAAGAGAGAAGAGCAUAAAGAGGGAGUGAAUACUCAGAGAAAAAGUAAAAAAAUUGGGCACGGAAUGGGUUCUAAGAAGUAUCAAAUGCUUAAGAGAAGGCAAGUGAAGAUUGAGACUGAGGCAUGGGAACAAGCAGCCAAAGAAUAUAAGGAGCUUUUGCGGGAUAUGUGUGAGCAAAAACUUGCACCAAAUUUGCCAUAUAUGAAGUCAUUGUUUCUGGGAUGGUUUGAACCUCUGAGGGAUGCUAUUGUUAAGGAGCAAGAGCGUUGUCGCAUUGGGGAAAAUAAGAAGGCGUAUGCUUCGUAUUUUUUUCGGUUGCCGGCUGAUAAGAUGGCGGUUAUUACAAUGCAUAAGUUAAUGGGGCUGUUGAUGACUGGAAGUGACCAUGGACGAGCUCGAGUUGUGCAGGCUGCUUGCAUGAUUGGUGAUGCCAUUGAGCAAGAGGUUAGAAUUCACAAGUUUUUGGAGAAAACAAGAAGGAAAAAAGGAUAUAUAAGUACUGAAACUGCAGGAGGAGAAUCUGAUGCUUCUAUCAUAGAACAGGAGAAGUUGAGAAAAAAGGUCACCAAUUUGAUUAAGAAACAAAAGCUUCCUGCAGUGAGGCAGAUAGUGAAGGAACAAGAUGAUUGCAAACCAUGGGCCCUUGGAGUGAAGGCUAAGGUUGGAAGCCGCCUUAUUGAAUUGUUGAUGCAAACAGCUUAUAUACAGCCUCCACUUAAUCAGUUGGUUGAUAGCCCACCUGAUAUUCGACCUGCAUUUGUGCAUACGCUAAGAGCUGUGGUAAACGAAAACAAGGCCAGUGGCAAAAAAUUUGGUAAUAUUGAAUGUGACCCACUGGUUCUCAAAGGGCUGGAGAAAACUGCAAGACAUAUGGUGAUUCCUUAUAUGCCGAUGUUGGUGCCUCCAGUCAAAUGGACAGGUUAUGAUAAAGGAGCACACUUGUUUUUGCCAUCCUAUGUCAUGCGAGUACAUGGAGUUCGACAACAACGUGAGGCAGUUAAGAGGGCCCCCAUGAAGCAACUAGAACCAAUUUUUCAGGCCUUAGAUACGCUUGGAAAUACCAAAUGGAGGGUAAAUAAGAGGGUCCUUAGCGUCAUAGAUAGAAUAUGGAGUAGUGGAGGCCGUCUUGCUGAUUUGGUGGAUCGUAUUAAUAUUCCUUUACCAGAGAAGCCAGAUACUGAAGAUGAAACACUGCUUAAGAAAUGGAGGUGGAAUGUUAGAAGUGUGAAGAAAGAGAAUAUGGAGAGACAUUCUCAGCGUUGUGACACGGAACUUAAACUUUCGGUAGCACGUAAAUUGAAGGAGGAAGAAGGUUUUUAUUACCCGCACAAUCUUGAUUUUCGAGGGCGUGCAUACCCCAUGCAUCCAUACUUAAAUCAUCUUGGCUCAGAUCUCUGUCGUGGUAUCUUGGAGUUUGCAGAGGGACGUCCUCUUGGCAAGUCUGGCUUACGCUGGUUGAAGAUACACCUAGCUAAUCUAUAUGCUAAUGGUGUGGACAAACUAUCUCAUGAAGGUCGAUUGGCUUUUACUGAGAACCACUUGGAUGAUAUAUUUGAUUCUGCAGACAGACCACUGGAAGGAAAACGGUGGUGGUUAAAGGCAGAAGAUCCAUUCCAGUGCUUGGCUGUAUGCAUGAAUCUUGCCGAAGCUUUGAGAAGCUCUUCCACAGAGACAUUUAUAUCACAUAUUCCUGUUCAUCAGGAUGGUUCCUGCAAUGGUUUACAACACUAUGCUGCACUUGGAAGAGACAAGUUAGGAGCAGUCGCUGUUAACCUGGUUGCAGGAGAGAAGCCUGCGGAUGUUUACUCAGGAAUAGCCGCUAGGGUAUUGGAUAUUAUGCGGAGAGAUGCCCAACAGGAUCCUGCAAUUUUUCCCGAUGCUUUGCAUGCAAAGAUCUUACUAAGCCAGGUGGAUAGGAAACUAGUAAAGCAAACUGUGAUGACAUCAGUAUAUGGUGUGACUUACAUUGGUGCUCGUGAUCAAAUCAAGAGAAGGCUGAAGGAACGUGGUGUGAUUGCAGAUGAUACAGGGACUUUUGGUGCUUCUUGUUAUGCUGCAAAGGUAACUUUAACUGCUUUAGGAGAGAUGUUUGAGGCUGCACGUGGUAUCAUGAACUGGCUUGCUGAAUGUGCUAAGGUUAUUGCAUCUGAAAAUGUGCCAGUACGGUGGACAACUCCUCUUGGCCUUCCUGUUGUGCAACCUUACCGGAAAUUAGGGAGGCAUAGUGUCCAAACUUCCCUUCAGACUUUAACUUUUAAACGCGAAACCGAUAAGGUCAUGGUCAGGCGACAAAGGACAGCUUUCCCACCAAAUUUUGUCCACUCCCUAGACAGUUCUCAUAUGAUGAUGACUGCUGUUGCCUGUAGAAAUGCAGGCUUAAAUUUCGCAGGGGUUCAUGACUCAUAUUGGACACAUGCAUGUGAUGUUGACGAAAUGAAUAGGAUUCUUAGAGAAAAGUUUGUUGAACUUUAUGAAAAACCGAUACUGGAGAAUUUAUUGGAGAGCUUUCAACAAUCGUGUCCUGCUUUGUCUUUUCCUCCGUUGCCUGAGAGGGGAGAUUUUGAUCUAAGAGAUGUUUUAGAGUCGCCCUAUUUCUUCAAUUGAUCUAUUACAAGAGCCUCUCUUUUUUCUGACAUGCAAGCAAACCCAUGUUCAGAAGAUCAAUUUUUAUCUGACAUGUAGCACCUGAUUCGGCACGGCGAUGAAAACUUGGCUCUAUCAGAAAACAUGGCACUUUCAUGGAGAGUUGCAGCACACGCCUGUACAUAUAUGGAGAAAAUCAUCAACAAGAUCAUCAUAUGGUAUUGUAUAUCUUCACUUGGUCUUAAACUCAGAUCUUCUGAUACCCCUGUAUAGUCGACAUAAAUUCUAGUUUCAGAGCAUUCAUGCAUUCUGUGGUGGUAGAAGUGUGGAGCUGAUACAUUUAAUGAGUCCUCCUUAUCAAAAGCUUAGAUUCAAAAUUAUGUGUUACUUGAAGGAGCUUCUUCACAGUUAAUUUAUAGAUUCACUUGGGGGACAAGGACAUACACAGUUGCGACUGAUCUGAACUGACGGGAUGAUAAUUUCUCUAUUAAUUGCUGCCGCAGGCUGUUCUAAAAAAAUUGCAGUUUUGACUGCUAUCUGUAAUGAUAUUGUUAAUUACAAUUGUAACUCAGUUCAUCCGACUUCUUGUGAUCAUGCCAUACAAAUUAAUGAGAAAGAAAUGUAAAGAUGAGUCA